AUGCCCUCUAGGAUGAUUUCUUUCUAUCAAUUACAGUGGCGCCGAGAUGUUCAAAUGCUGCGCGAAUUAAACGUUAAAGUUUAUCGUUUUUCAAUAUCAUGGCCCCGUAUAUUGCCCACUGGUCAUAUGAAUCAUGUAAGCACCGCUGGCAUUAAAUACUAUAGUAAUUUGUUGGAUGAACUUUUACACUAUAAUAUUACACCCAUGGUGACGAUGUAUCAUUGGGAACUACCGCAGCGUUUACAAGAAUUGGGCGGUUGGACCAAUGCUGAGAUUAUACCUCUUUUCAAAGACUAUGCUCGUUUGUUGUUGGAAAUGUUUGGUGAUCGUGUAAAAAUUUGGACUACCAUUAAUGAACCCUGGCAUGUGUGUGAACAUGGUUAUGGUGUAGAUUAUAUGGCUCCAGCUUAUAAUUAUCCUGGUAUACCAGCCUAUCUGUGUGGUCAUAAUUUACUUAAGGCUCAUGCUGAAGUAGUACAUAUGUAUCGUGAUGAGUAUAAGAAAUCUCAAAAGGGUCGUAUUGGCAUUACAGUGGAUGUUUCUUGGCCUGAACCUAAAACGGAUUCAAGUGAAGAUCGUGAAGCUUCCGAGAGGGCUAUGCAAUUUUAUGUGGGUUGGUUUGCACAUCCUAUAUUCUCCCGUCAUGGUAAUUAUCCCUCAGUAAUGAUUGAUCGUAUACACAAUCUUAGCAAGGAGCAGGGUUUUUCACAAACUCGUUUGCCCGAAUUUACCAAAGAAGAGAUACAACGUAUUAGAGGCACUUCGGAUUUCUUUGGCAUUAAUACUUAUACCACAAAUUUAGUAACCAAAAAUGAUCAUAAUAAUUCUGCCGGUUUCCCUGUACCGUCGUUCAAUCAUGAUAUGGGUGUGGUGGAAACUCAAGACCCCAACUGGACGGGGUCGGGAUCUGUGUGGCUAAAGGUAAGUUGAUAGAUAGA